UGUCCGCUGUGGCCGCAGCCUUGGGCUGUGCGGCCGGCACGUUCGCGCCACCGCGGGAUGAGGGGUUACCGGGGAUCCGCGCGGGCCACGUUGGGCCGGAGACAGAGGAGAAUGUGAACCGAGCCCACAAGGCUGGCAGGAGCCGCUCCAGGCCUUCGAAGCUGGUCCCGGGAGGCGAGGCCGCCGGUAUGUGGUGUGCGCAUGCGCAACGCCAACUGGAUGCACUGAGGCACAGUGGCCAGAGCGGGGACCACAGUCUGAGUGACAUGGACAGGACCUGAUGCUCCCGAGGCCACGAGGUCUCUGCUCAGAAGUCGUCUUCUCGGUGAGGCCUGUGCUGGGGGAAGAGCGUUGCAGGCAGAUGGAACAGCCAGUGCAAAGGCCCUGAGAUCCAGCAGAGAUGUGAAAUCGAGGCAGCAGCUCGGGAAGCUGGGAUGGAAGGACUCUUGACCGUGGCCGCCCCCCAGGGCUCCGCGUUGGGAGAAACCUGGAAACACGAGGGCCAGUUCAGAGGCCCACAGGAAGGCUGUUUGAAGCAAGAGGCCGAGGUGCAUGAGGAGGCCCAGGCCGGGGACAGCAUCCAGGAGCGUGAUGAGCUGGGUGGAAUCCCAGGAACCAGAUCCAGUCCCCCCAUCACCCAGGUGGGCAGCAGGCCCCAGAGGCGCGGCGCGCCCAGAAAGAGCCCGAAGCCAAAGGCAGAUGCCGGCGGGGAGGAGCGCGGUGGCGGCCGCCGGAAACCGUGGAAGUGCGAGGUCUGCGGCAAGGCCUUCAGCUACUGCUCGGCGUUCACCCUGCACCAGAGGACGCACACCGGGGAGAAGCCGUUCGCCUGCGCGGACUGCGGCAAGGCCUUCAGCCAGAGCGUCCACCUGACGCUGCACCGGCGCGUGCACACGGGCGAGCGGCCCUACGCGUGCCCCGAGUGCGGCAAGGCCUUCAGCCAGGGCUCCUACCUGGCGUCGCACUGGCGCGUGCACACGGGCGAGCGGCCGCACCGCUGCGCCGACUGCGGCAAGGCCUUCGCGCGCCCCACGCACCUGGCCCAGCACCGGCGCGUGCACACGGGCGAGCGGCCCUUCGCGUGCGGCCAGUGUGUCAAGGCCUUUCGCAACCGCGCGUCGCUGCUGGAGCACCAGCGCAUCCACACGGGCGAGAAGCCGUUCGCGUGCGCACAGUGCCAGAAGGCCUUCCGCUUCUCCUCGGCGCUGCUGCGCCACCAGCGCACCCACACGGCCGAGCGGCCCUACGCGUGCGGCCAGUGCGCCAAGGCCUUCACGCAGAUCGCGCACCUCACGCAGCACCGGCGAGUGCACACGGGCGAGAAGCCCUACACGUGCCCCGAGUGCGGCGCGCCCUUCAGCCAGAGCGCCUCGCUGGCCGAGCACUUGCGCAUCCACACCGGCGAGAAGCCGUACGCGUGCGGGCAGUGCGGAAAGGCCUUCACGCAGGUCUCGCACCUGAGCCAGCACCAGCGCGUGCACACGGGCGAGCGGCCCUACACGUGCCAGGACUGCGGCCGCGCCUUCAGCAACCGCUCGCACCUCGCGCAGCACCACCUCGCGCACACGGGCGCCAAGCCCUACAAGUGCCCGGAGUGCGGGGCCGCCUUCAGCCAUGUGUCCUCCCUCCUCGAGCACCAGAAGAUCCACACGGGCGAGAAGCCCUACCGCUGCGUGGACUGCGGCAAGGCCUUCAGCCAGGGCUCCUCGCUCACGCUGCACCGGCGCACACACACGGGCGAGCGGCCCUACGCGUGCCCCGAGUGCGGCAAGGCCUUCAGCAACCGCGCGUACCUGAUCCAGCACCACAUCGUGCACACCGGGGAGAAGCCCUACGAGUGCAGCGGCUGCGGCAAGGCCUUCAGCUUCUCCUCGGCCCUCAUCCGGCACCAGAGGACGCACGCCGACGGGGAGCCCUACGCACGCGAGCGGUGCGGGGUUGCCUUUGCCCGGCUGCCGCAGCUGACUCGACACCUGAGCCCCCACCGGGAGGAAAAGCCGGUCGGCAGCAGCGACCCUGCGGACACCGCCGUGGACCAGCAGCAGGAUAAAGGCUGACGUUUAUUGGCGCCUCCUGUAUCUGGUCACUUGACUGAGCACGUGCACACCUCAUCUCCACCCUCCCAGCACCAGAGGGAGAUACCUUAAUAUCCCCACGUCGCCCGUGAGGAAACGCAGGCUCAGAGAAGCUCGGUGACUUCCCCAAGAUCACACAGGGAGGAAGUCACAGGGCAGGGACUGGACCCCACAUCUGCCGGACUCCCUUCCACUGCAUCCCUGGUUCAGAAUUGUAAAUGUGACCCAUGACAGUAGACCGGAAGAGGAAUCAGGGGUCUCUGGCUGGCCUUUUAAUCAGUGUUAUGAUUGAGCGUGUGUUUGUUCCAUAAAUGUAACUGAAUAAAAGGUUCAGCUCCCUUGGU